GCGUGCAAUCCUAGCGCAGCAGCGUGCAACGGACGGCGGCGGCGUUGCGAGCGCGAUCCUGCAGCUUAGCGCCGCGCCUCCAACCGGGAAGGGCUCUGUUUACGCGGCCUCUCAGACCCCCCCCCCCUCCCCUUCGUUUCCUCUUGACUUUGUAGCGGGGGGUGGAAGAAAGGGGGGGGAAAGGUGCCCGGGAGUGGGGUCGGCGGUCAGUGUUGCGCGAGUCAACCUUGAGGAUGUAUGCAGUCAUCACCGCGGGUCUGGGUCGUGCGGGCCUGCUGGCCGCGCGGAGCCGCGAGUGCGCGAUCCUCGCGCGCUGAGCUGCCGUUUCGUAGCAGCUUUCAUGACAAACACAGGUGUUGCCCACGAAGGAGGACAAACUACCUUCAGAUCUGCUCAGGCUGGAGAUCUCUGAGGGCGUCUGAGGGGAAGACAUCGCCGUGGUCGACCCGGUCCCUAGUUCCAAUGUAGUGGCACAGCUCGGCGUCAUCGCGUGCACAGUUUGGUUGUCGGACCGCGGCUCGCCUGGUCGCACACAUUCCCCCGGCUCGGCUUCUUCAUGCCCGUCAUGAGCGCGCCGGCCCAGCAGAAAGCCCACGCCAAGAGAACCGGCAAGCGCAUCACCUUUUUCACCGACCCGAGUGGGACAAUGAAGGAGGCUCCCCAGCACCCCGAGGGCUCCUACUACGCCCCGGGCGGCGCCGCCUCGGACCCCGCCCAGAGCGAGGCCGCGAGCACCGUGACCUCGAACCCGGAGGGUCCGCACAUGUACCUCAACUCCGUGAUCUUCAGCCCGGACAAGGGCGACCAAAGCCGGGGUCAUUACCAGCAGACCGUCCCCAUGAAGUGGGCCCACCAGGAGCCCAGUCAGCAGCAGCCGUCGCUGUCCCAGCAGCAGAGGGCGGCCUCCUGGACCGCCAUGACCAACUGGGGACAGAACUUUCCCAAUUACAUCGGCGGCGUCAACAUGACAGACAUGAGGACCCAGAAUGCGUUCGGAAAGUCGGCGCACGAGCCGUCGGGCCUGCAGCCGCACCAGCAGCCGGCCAACAAGCAGGCUCCGGCGGCCAACCAGGAGGCCUACAGGGACGCCGCCAAGGCCCGGGGCCACGAGUGGGAGCGUCCGCAGCAGCAGGUGUUUCAGGACACGCUGAAGCCCGGAGCGCUGAACGCCCAGCAGCACGCUGCGUCCCACGCGGGGGGCAGCUCGGUGCUGCAGCCCUUCCAGCUGGCCUUCGGGCAGCCCAGGCAGCAUCUGCCGGCCUACUACCAGGCCUUCCAGGGCAACCGGACCACCCUGCCCAACCCGCCGAGCUACGCGGCGCAGCCCAAGCCCCCCCAUCAGCUGCAGCAGCUGCAGAAGCAGGAGCAAAUGCAGCAGCAGCAGCAGCAGCAGCACAUGAUCCAGCAGCAAAUCCAGCAGCAGCAGCAGCAGAUCCUGCAGCAACAGCUGCAGCAGCAACAAAUACAGCACGAGCAGCAGCAACAAAAGAUAAAGCAGCAGCUCCAAAUUCAGCACAUGCAACAUCAGCAGUUACAACAACAAAACCCCCAUGUGCUUGACUUUUACCCAGGUGCACAGAACGCCCCGCCUCACCCACAUCCACAGCCUGUGGUGGUCCACUCCCAGGAGCCCUCGGCCCCGGCUCCCCCCAAGAUCCAGGAGCCCAUCAUCCAGGACGUCACGCCCGAGCCCCAUCAGCCGUCAGACCCCCUGCAGCCCCCCCUCCGCCCCGAGCCGCCGUGCCAGCCCCAGCCCCAGCCCCAGACGCAGCUCCAGACACAGCUCCAGAACCAGACCCAGACCCAGACCCAGCUCCGCCGGUCGCGCCGUUUCUCCAAGGAAGGCGGCGAGCCGUCCGACAACCCCUUCCUCUCGGCCCCUUCGAACCCGGCGGCCCCGGGGCCGCAGGGCUCCCAGAACGGGGGCCGCGACGUCCAGGCAGCGCCGACAGGCGUCAUCCAGAGCACGCGCAGGAAGCGCAGGGUUUCCCAGGAGGUCAACCUGGAGACGCUCGCCCAGAAGGCCUCGGAGAUGGAGUCCCUGCCGCCGCACGGCGUCAAGGAGCCCCACCGGCCGUGGAGCCCGUCCGAGCCGGAGGACCCGAGCGCCAAGCGCCCGCGCGACGACAGCCUCCUCCCGCUCGUCAUCCCCGUGUCGGUCCCCGUGCGGCGCCAGGAGCACCCGUCCCCCGAGCGGGACGCGGCCGGCGGCGCGGCCGCGGCGACGUUCGGCUGGCCGCCCCCGGACGCCGGCCGCGCCGACCACAAGCCUUCGGUCAUCGUCACGCGCCGACGCUCGCUCAGGAACUCGGUGUCGGAGAGCUCGGAUCAGAACGGCGCUGCCGAGGGGGAGAAAGAUGACGACGGCAAGAAGUCCAAGCGGCGCCCUCGACCCGAGCCUCUUUUCAUCCCUCCACCCAAACCCGGCGUGUUCAUCGCUCCGCCCGUCUACUCCAGCAUCACGCCCUACCAGAGCCACCUGCGCUCCCCCGUGCGUCUCCCCGACAACCCCCUCGCCAUCCCCCCCUACACGCCUCCCCCCAUCCUCAGCCCCGUCCGCGAGGGCUCGGGCCUCUACUUCUCCACCUUCCUGUCGGCGGCGGCGGCGGCGAGCAGCCAGGGUCUUCCUCCUCCUGCCACGCCCAAGACGGCCACACGCAGCCUGCUGCGUUCCAACAGCUGUGACAUCACACCCCCAGUUCUGUCUGCUAUGAGCGAAGCCACUCCAGUCAGCCUUGAACCACGGAUAAAUAUCGGGUCGCGGUACCAAGCUGAGGUGCCAGAACUACGGCAGCUCUCGGCCGUUGAACUGGAUGAACAUCGUGCAGAGCUGGUUUGGGUUCCGCUCAAUGAGCUGGAGGAAAAGACUGACUUCCAGGAAAAAGUGGCGAACCUCAUGCACCUGGCCUGCUCCAGUGUUCUGCGUGGAGGGGGCACCAACCAGGAGCUGGCCCACCAUUGUCUGUACGAAUGCAAAGGGGACAUAAUGGCCGCGCUGUCGAUGCUGAUGCUGAAGAAUCCCAUUUUCCCCAAGUCCCAUCAACUUUCCAACUACCACUACUCAGGAUCAGACAGCUGGACGGCAGCUGAGAGACGCCAGUUCAACAAAGGCAUCGCCGCGUACAAGAAGGACUUCUUCAUGGUGCAGAAACAGGUGACCACCAAGACGGUGGCGCAGUGUGUUGAGUUCUACUACACGUACAAGAAGCACGUGAAGGUGGGCCGUAACGGCGUGCUGCUCUACGGAGAGGCGGAGCCACCGGAGAGCAGGAGCACGGAGGAGGAGCUGGACCACAAGGGCUCUCACAGGCUGGAGCCGCAGCGGGACGAGGACAGCAGGAAGUGGGAAGGCUCAGCUGACAGGAAACAGGAUGUCGGCCCGACCAGGGCCACACACGCGCUACAUUCUGACAACCCCGGGACCGUCCUAAUCAUGAAAAGUCAGGAGGACCUGAGGAGGGACCAGCCGCCGCCCGGGGUCAUCCACCCGCCCCCCCCCCCCCCCGCCGGCUCCAAGCCGCGACACGACAGCGCCGCGCGGCGGGCGAGUCCCUCGACGGGCGGCAAAGGCCCCGCGGCUCCAGAGGGAGAGUUCCCCUGCAAGAAAUGUGGCAGGAUCUUCUACAAGGUGAAGAGCCGCAGCGCCCACAUGAAGAGCCACGCCGAGCAGGAGAAGAAAGCGGCGGCGCUGCGCCAGAAGGAGGCGGAGGAGCAGGCGGCGGCGAGGGCCGCGGCCGAGGCUGCGGCCCUGCUGGCCGCCCGGCAGCAGAACGGGACGCGGCCGGGAGGCGGGGACAGCACCAACGACGACUCGUCGGACGAGGAGGACGACGAGGACGAGGACUGGCAGUGAGGGCGGAGCGGGACGACGGAGGUCUCGGGGGUCGGAGGAGGAGACGUGAAGGAAAAAGGGAGAAGAAGAACCCCUGCUGUGAAGUGAACGUCUGUGCAGUCUGUGGAACAGGAAGACUUCCGUUGCUCGGUACAUCAGGGACGACAAA